GCGUGUCAUUUCCUGAUUCAGGGUCAAUAACAUGGUGCUGUCCAUGGACUGGGUGAUCCAAUGAUUUUAGUGGAUAUUUUCCUACGAGUGCCUUUUAUUUCUAUGAUACUUAGCUAAUCUUGUACAAGAGCUAAUGCUGUGGCAUUAGAUUGUUAUUCAAUUGAUUGUGUUCGUUGUUUUUCAACCCUCAAAGAGUAUUGAUCAAGUGUCCACCUCUGCUGCUACUCACUCAACUGAUCAUGUCGGGGACAAACGUGUGGACUCGCAGUCGGGAGAGGAUGAGACGGUUCCCAGAGCUGUUUGCCCAGUGUUCUGGUGAGGCUGCAGCUUAUGGGAAGUGUGUGACAGCUACUACCACAGGCAGACAGGAGCUGAGAAAGGACCUGUGUGUUAAAGAGUUUGAUGCUCUGAAGACUUGCUUCGUUACAGCAGCCAAGAAGGGAGUGAAGUAGACCAUUCUGCCCAACACAUCUCUGCUGGUCAUAGGUUGUAUCUUCAACAUAACCAGGGGUGUAUUCAUUAGGAACCUACCUGAAUUUGUCCAAUACAAACUCUCAAUUACAUUGUAAAACAUUUUCGGUUUGCAGUCUGCACUAAUGAUUACACCCCAGGCAAUGGACCCAAUGUCCCCCAUGUUCCAUGAACAUCAAGUAGUACUGUAUCAGUAAUGUGAAGGCAGGUGCUGAAAAAUAUCUCGACUAGUCCCACAAGUUUAAGUUUGACCUGCUGGUUCCAGGGGUAAUGCCAGCACGGUGUUUGGACACUCAUUAAUAGUACGUCAAGGUCAUACCGUUUGACUAUGUAAUAACAUGUAGCCCGCUACCGAAGACUUGCAGGACAGUGUAUUUAUAAUGUAAUGUAUAAAUAUGUGAAUAAAUUAAUUGGUGUA